GAUCCACGCACUAACAGAUCCUCCUUUUUUCCCUGUGGCUGAUGAGUGAUGACGAGAGGCUUAUUGAGGAGUCUGAACCAGCGCCAGUGUCUUCAUGUUGGAGGAGGCGCUUUGCCCUCCUAGCCCCGCUUCUUUUGGCCCCCUUCGCUGCCGUUCCGCUUCUUGCCAGAAGGCAGGAGAGGGCAGAGCUGACGGACAUCGUGGAGCUUGCACCCAAGGGCAUUUACCCGCUUCUCCGGGGUGGCGUGGCUGUCUAUGGCGAAGAGGAUCAGGACAAAGCCAUUUGUGUGGGAAACAUCCUCAGCGCUGGCGCGUGGCUCUCUGGUGGCCUGCUAAAGGUGACAGGGGCGGUGCAAGACUGUGAUUCUUCAAAUUUUGGAGGUACUGCAGAGACAUCAGUCUCCGUCAACAUCUCUGCAAUGCCGGGGCUUUGCGCGCGCAACAUCGCGGGUGCCAUCCGGGACUUUUCCACCACUGCGCUGCUGCUCGAAGGUGCCGCCACUGCUUGCAACAAGGAGCGCAUUGCGGAUAUCAAGUGCAUCACGGCUGUCACCAACUCGGUGCGCCAAGCUGGGCAUUUGGCCCGGUUCUCCUCAGAGCUCUCCAUCUUUUGCCCUGAGAAUUUGGACGUGACGAGCCUCUACCUAUGCAUCAAUCGUGUAGAAGGCGUGGGCUGGUCCGUGGAUCCGCUGCUUGGAAGCAUCGCAGCUUCGGCGAGGCUUUGUGGCGCGGAAGGCAAGCCGCCCAAAGAGGACGUGGGCGCCUGCGUGGGGGAAAUCCUCGGCGCAGCGGCCUUCGUGGCGGCAGCGGCCCUCGACAUUUGGCGCGCCGCGGAUUUCGAGUGCCUCAGCGCACUGGAUUCAGCCAAAGUGCUGACGCUCAACUCGAAAGAGAAGGACAGAAUCAAUGCCCGGUGUGCCGUGUUUGCCGGCGGGGCUGCGCGUACCUUCGGCAUCGCUGCAGCCAAGGCGAGCGAGGCUUCUAAGCACUGCGCCCUUGCCAAGGGCGCAUCAUGCAGUCGUGCAGCCUCCUUCGCGGCUGCUGCGCUGUCUGGUGCAGCAGAGGGCAUGGCCUUCAUGCGCCUGGAGUGCGGUGGGCCCCUGAAGUGCUGCACGCAGCUUCCAGGCAACCCGCCAAAGUUUGAGUGCGAUUGCACUACGCAGAGUAUCCUGGAGCUCAAAGAGGAAAACAAAGUUCGUUCGUCGCGCUGCGCAAGGUUUACAAGUGGGGCACUGAAAGAGCUUGCGGUGACCGUGAGCUUGCUGUCUGAGACAGCGGGCACCUGCGGGCCCAACACCGGCAGUGCUGCCUGCUCUCACUUCCUUGGUGGAGCCGUUGCCGGGGGCUUUUUCUUGUCCGAGGCUAUCAGCAGAGCGUCAUGGCAGUGCAAGGAGAUCGACGAUACGGGGUUCCGCGCAUUUUUUAGAUGUGGACAGGCGACCGGCUUCAUGGGAGAUUCCGUGGACACCAUGACCGCGGCCAUUGGUGCUGUGUCAUCAUUUCACUCGCUUUCAAGGACGAAGGAACAGUACAGUGACCUGAACCCCAUUUCCAAUUCAGCACUGGCGAUGGCGUGAUCUCCAAUCUUGCUGGAUGGGCCCGAAGCGACCCAUAGAUUCUUUAGACAAGAGUUGCUCACAUGCUGAUGAGAAUGAAGCUGGCGGCGCGUUU